AAAGAAGGGCUAGUGAGCUAUUCUUUUUCCUCUUGGGCUGUAAUUUUUCCUUGUUGCUGGAUAUUGGGCUGAUUUGGUUUGGACAUAUUUAAUUAGUGUGGUGGGCUUGAUUUUCUGACGAAAUUACCAAGAUCUGAAAUUAGUUCUACCAGGUAUCUCGUCUAGUCAUUUGAGAUGGCAGAAGAUGGGAAGUUCCGAAUUGAAAAGUUUGAUGGUACAGAUUUCAGUUGGUGGAAGAUGCAAAUUGAAGAUUUGCAGGUUCAGAAAGAUUUGGACGUGAUUUUGGGUGACAAGGCAGAAAAGAUGUCGGAUGCAGAUUGGGCAGGUUUGGAUCGGAAAGCUAUUUCCGUGAUCCGUCUCUCGUUGACCAAGAAUGUUACGUUCAACAUUCUGAAGGGGAAGACAGCGAAGGGAAUUAUGAAAGCGUUGUCUAACAUGUACGAGAAGCCAUCUGCAGCGAACAAAAUUUUUCUGAUCGGAGAGCUGGUGAACACAAGGAUCAAAGAAGGCACUUUAGUUACCGAGCAUAUCAACAAGUUGAAUUCGAUCUUAGCCAGACUUUUGUCAGUGGACAUUAAGUUCGAUGAUGAAGUUCAAGCUUUACUACUGCUAUCGUCUUUACCUGAUAGUUGGUCCGGAACGGUUACAACAGUUACCGGUUCAGUGGGACCCGAUGGAUUCACAUUUGAUCAUAUUCGAGAUCUCGUUCUUGGCGAGGAUGUCAGAAGAAAGAGUUCAGGGGAGUCAUCUGGUGAAUUGCUUCAUCUUGGUAGAGGCAGAAGAAAUAGCAGAGGUAGUGGGAGCAGGAACAGACAAAGGAGUCAGUCGAAGACUCGUGACAGCUCAGAUGUAACGUGCUGGAAAUGCAAGGAGGUGGGGCAUUUUAGGAAUCAAUGCCCGAAUUAUAAUAAAGUGAACAUUGCUAAAGGCUCUGCGGGUGACGAGGAGGUCACUCUGACUUGCUGUGAGGAAAGUAAUGUGGAUUCCUGAGUCAUGGAUUCUGGUGCUUCAUUUCAUGCUACCCACAGCGGUGAAGCAUUGCAGAAUCUAGUUGUUGGGGACUUUGGAAAAGUACGACUUGCAGACGAUAGAGCUCUUGAUGUGACGGGCAUGGGUGACAUAGUGCUGAAGAUCCCAGUCAGUUUCUGGACUUUGAAGGAUGUCAGAGUGGUUCCAGCCUUGAAGAAAAGUUUGAUUUCUGUUAGGCAGUUGGACGAACAGGGACACGAGGUGAAGUUCGGAAACGGGCAGUGGAAGGUCUUGAAGGGAAAUCUUGUCAUGGCCCGCGGAAGGAAGAGUGAUUCGCUGUACAUGGUCGAGUUACCAUCUGAGGGAGUAACCGUUCCAGUUCAGAAGAGAAACAAAGUCUGGUUCACAGAGUCUCGUGGGCAGAAGAAGGUUGUCUUUGCAAGAGAGGAACCCAAAGCCACAGGUCAGACUCAGGUUGGACGAGCGAGGAAAUGUUCAAGGAGGCCAGUUAGAGGUAUCUGUGGUAGUGGGAGCACAGGUGGUGCUUCAGCCAAGGUUCCUAGAAGACAAUGGGUCCGGAGAACCAGUAUCCCAGCUGUUGGAACAUCUCCAGAAAAUUUCUUGUUGAGUAUGGAGAGUGUUUGUUCUCAGGAUGUUCGAGAAUCCGGCAGUUGUGUGUUUAAUUCCCAACAAGAGAAACGGAAUAAUCGGCGAGAAACGAGAGAAACGGAACACAAACGACACACAAGAAUUUAACGUGGUUCAGUUUCCCUAAUCCACGGCUGCAACAGGAGGAUUUUCUUAUUUCACUUGUGGUGUCUCACGGAAUUACAAGUACGAGGGCUAAUAUAUAGGAGAAAAACCUAGGGUUACAAAACAUGGGUCGGGCCUACAAGUCAAGCCCAAUCCUCCACAAACCCAACAAUUUGAAGAAGGGGGUGAUUGGGAAAGAAAGAACCGGUUGCAGGUCUAUGAAGGACUUUUCUGCAUGUCAACCCGCAACUUUAAAAAAGCAUCUAACCUUUUCCUUGAUUCUAUCUCAACAUUUACAACCUAUGAGCUUUUCCCUUAUGAUACUUUCAUAUUCUAUACUGUUCUCACAAGCAUUAUUACAUUGGAUCGUGUUUCCUUGAAGCAGAAGGAAAAAAUCUGUUUUUUAAAUAUAUUUCCUUUCUUUUUAUGCAUUGAUGAUUUCUUUCUAGUUAAAUUUCCUUUUAUAAUGCUUGCUACUUGCUACAGGUAGUAGAUGCACCAGAGAUCUUGUCUCUCUGAGUUUUUGAACUCAUAUGAUUGUCAAUACAAGGCAUUCUUCUCCGCCUUCUGUAAGUGCAUUUAAUUUUUGUCUGAGGUCUCUCCUUUGAUUUGUGUACAUGUUAAUGUGUUAUUGCCAAUGGAGCUGUAUUAAGGUUA